AUGGAAAGUUUACAAAACGAUUUGGAAGAACUGGAGACCAAAAUUUAUCACCGAUAUGAAGAAAUGGCCAUCGAUGUCCAAAAUGAGAAAGUCAGGGUAAAUACGAAUUACGGGGAACUGACAACAGCUACCGACCAACAAGGAGAAGUCUGGCACCGAGAAGUCACCGCUAUUGUCAACCAGUGGAAAUAUGACAUUGACGAAAUGAAAAACAAACAUCCAGCCGUCCUAAAUAAAAACACAGAUGAAAUCACACAUAGUAAUGCUGAAAUCAAACAGGUCAUUCUAGACUUAAAGUCAACACUGAAGUCCAAUAAUACCUCGCUAACAUCUAACUAUAAAUCACGAAAUGCCGAGUUCAGAAGAUUACCACCUAAAGUUCAAGUUAUAUCACCAAGCUUAUCAUCCCCAACAAUAAACAGAGAAAAGCGUGAAAUGUUUGGUUCUCUGUCGCCAUUUUCUAUCACAACAGAAGAACUCGGCUACAUAAUGAAGCCACAACAAGCUGUAUCAUCUCCUCCAGUCAAACUGCUUGAUGAACUGCAACUCACUGCCACCAUAGAUACAGGUACCGCCUCUGGUGACCUACUAGUUACCAUGCAUAGUAAUGAUGAAACGCAAUCUAAAAUUGUCCGUUACUCUGGCUCCACAGAGACACAAACCAUUCAGUUUGAUGAUCAGGGUCGUCCUCUCUAUUCAUCUGGUGAUUACAGUAAAUACCUCAGUGAGAACAGGAACCUGGAUAUCUGUGUGACUGACAUUGAAGCUAAAGCAGUAGUGGUGGUCAAUCACCAGGGUCACAUCCUGACAGUAGUAAACGCCCUUAUCCACAUCUUAGAUCAGGACGGACAAUUUCUCGGUCACAUUGAAAACUGUGGUUUAGGUCGUCCAUGGGGUUUAUGUGUGGACAUGAGAGGCAACCUCUUCGUGGCUGAAUGGAACACCACUAAAGUGAAGAAAAUCCAAUAUCUAUAA